UUUGCCAGGAUGGUUGUGCUUUCCAAAGAAUAUGGAUAUGUGGUGUUGACAUUGCUUGUGAUGAUGGGACAUCUGGCCGUUAAAGUUGGCAAAGCCCGCAAGAAGUACAAUGUACAGUAUCCCCAGAUGUACAGUGACGACCCAGAGACUGGAAACAUUUUCAAUUGCAUCCAACGUGCACACCAACACACCCUGGAGAUCUAUCCCGCCUUUCUUUUCUGCCUGGCAAUUGGUGGUGCGCAUGCUCCUCGCCUUGCCAGUGGACUUGGAGCUGUAUGGAUUGUAAGCAGAGAGGUGUUUGCACAUGGGUACUCCACAGGAGAUCCUAAAAAACGAAAGUGGGGAGCGUUUGGGAACGUGGCUUUACUCGGGUUGAUGCUGUCCACCAUCUCCUGCGGCCACAGCCUGCUUGGUUGGAAGGGACCCCGGAACCCCUUCUCUGUUGGAAACUGUUGCUAGUAAGGACGAAGUCCUCAGAAUGGACUCACUCAGUCAUUCACCUCAUAAUAAAAGCCACUCUUCAUAACCCUUAUACAUUGCAACAUGUUUAACCUCUGACCAAUAUAACUGUUCUCUAAAAAGAGAAAUUCAUCAUUUAUGAAUAUGGAUGGGAUGUGUUCCUUGGUCGGCAAUCCCACAACAUGCAAGAUCUGUCAGUUUGUCCAGAUAGCACUUUCAACACACCAAUGACACAGCAUAAUGCUUUAGAACUCACCCACAUGCUACAGCUGUAAGCUCUUGUACAAUAUGCAACAGUGUGUGGUUCUGUUUUAUUAUCAAACAGAAAAAUCCUAAUAUCAAUUAAUUCUUAGAGUUCACAUUUCAAUGCCAUACUAUUAUACAUGUACAUACAUUUAUAGUGUAGUUGUUUUCAGGUGCUAUGUAAAUAAACCUUACUUACAUCACUUGUGGCACAGCAAAGUAACUCACAACACACUAGGUACAAACUGAUACAACAGCUAAGGUCCAGCACAUUUGCAUGAUACUCAGGAUAAUACAAGUAACAACAAGCUCAGCUUGGAAAAUCUGUUGUCUCUUCUCAGUCUCCACUUCAAGCAUUUGAAAAACCGCCACAAAUACAUUCUUUAUAAAUAUGUAUUUUACAACACAUUUUACAAUACUAGUGUGUUUGACCUUUUACAAUUUUCUCAUAUUAAAGGGUUUAGUGUAGCAAUGUCUCUUCUCUGUGUCUUGUCUUGGUGGAGUAAACAUUUGUCAUUGAAAACA